GUCAGCCAGACGACGACCAUGCAGACGGUCGCAUUGACCGCCAACGCGCUCCUCAAGGUCGGCGUCGAUCAGCUGGAGAAAGCCGCGCGCCCGAUGCUCAAAGCGAUGCUGUCGAGCGCCAUGGACGAGAUCUUCGAUUGCACCGCUGCACACGUAGGUGAUGUCCUCCUCGCAUGGACCGUACUCGCCCUCGUCAUCCUCUUGGCCUCGCGCUUGCCAGAGAUCGAGCACAUCGAGGCGCGUGGGCAGGCGGUUCUGUGUCUACUCAUCGUCUUCUCCAAGUUGGUCAUGGAGCCCGUGCACGGUCUCGUCCUUCUGUACCGCUUGCACCAUCUCCCGGAGCACCGUUUCCGAGGUGAUUAGACGUUCGCCGGCGACGACAACGCUCCGCUACCACGAUCGCCGCCUCUGCAAAGGUACACCAAUGCUUCGAUCCUUCCAGCCCAUGCAGCGUUCGUUUCGGCUGGAUGUAUGGUAUUACUCGUAG